AGGAAGGAGCCAGACGGCGAGUGUCCAGGGUCUUGGAGACGUGCCCAGCCUGUUUUUGGCCCUGGACUUUUCCCAGGAGCUUGGCAUUGUUGCUACCAGGCCUCACCUCACAGAUAUUUUCUAACCGAAACUGGGGCAAAUGGUCUGAAAACAUGGAGAUGUAGAAGACAUGCUCGUGAAAAGAAGGCAGAAGUCUCGCUCCCGCAGGAGGGCGUGGGGGCUGGAUGGCGGGCGCUCAGCGGGCAGGACAGGGCCAGGGCAGCCUCCAGAGAGCAGGCGAGGGAGGCGCGAGGUGCUGGGGUGGAGGGGGUGGGAAAUGGGCCUCUGGGUGCAUAUUCUGGGGCCUGACGAUGGGGUGACACUGAGUUCAACAGAGCCACUGCCCAUUCUGGCCCCACCCCUCUUGCCAGGAACCGCCUCCCCAACAACCGACCGCAGUGACCACAUCCCCCCAGGUUGCCUUGGAAACACGCCUCAGGACAGGGGAGUUGGGGCACAGUUGCCCAGCAACAGGUGGUGCCCUCCCUUCCGCCCUCAUCUGAGGCCCUGCUCUGCGCCCUUCCACAGGCCAGGGAAGAGCUGCUCUGAAGGGAGAGGGGAGCCCAAGGUCAGAAGACUGAGAUGCCGUGGACUCCAGAGCAGCCCUCUGGGCACAUGGAAGGGCCGCCUGCAGCGGAUUCGGCCUCGUGGCCCCCGCUGCCCUGUGGGCCUUGCAUCCCCAUCAUGCUGGGCCUGGCCGUGCUGGCCGCCCUCUUCCUCCUCACCACGGCUGUGCUGGCCGAGCGCCUGUUCCGCCGCACUCUGCGACCCGGCCCCAGCCCCCACCCGCCCACCCUGGUCUGGCGCCCCGGAGGAGAGCUGUGGAUCGAGCCCACCGGCACCCCCCGGGAGCGCUCCGAGGACUGGUACGGCUCCGAGGUGCCCCUGCUGAUGGACCACGCCCCGGACCCCCCUGUCCACGGGGGCACCUUGGAGGCCCGAGCAACAGCCCCGCCUGCCCCUUCGCCUCCACACGCCCCUCCCAGCUUCUUUGUUCCCCAGAUCCCACCCCAGGCCCCAGCCCCAAGUACCUUCUGGGGGCCCCAGGCCUGGGAAGGGAGGCCCCAUGCCCCGGGCCUGGUGAGCUGGGCUGAGCCUGAACAGAGGCCAGAGCCCAGCAUGAAUCUGGGGAGCCCCCCGGCCCGAAGACAGCGGCCAGGGAGCCCUGACCCUGAGUGGGGCCUCCAGCCUCGGGUCACCCUGGAGGACAUCUCAGCUUUCUGGAGGCGAGAGAGCCGCACCAGCGUGGGCUUCUGAACCCCCAGAGCCCGGGGACUGGCCUCCCAGGGGCCUCUGAGCAAGGCCCGACCUCAGAGCUCCCGCCUGGGAACCCAGCUGACACCCGAGGCCGAGGCCGGGGAAGGAGGCCGGGCUUUUCACACCCGGAGUUCAGUUCAGCUGGGUCUGGUCUGGGCGGGCGGGUGUGGACACAGCCUGUGCUGCAGGGGCACUCAGUGCAGCGUGGAGGUGGGGAGGACUCUGGGCCAGAAGCCGCCGCGGUCACGUUCCUGAUGAAGAAUUCAAGGUACGAGGCCGGCAGGAAAGAGCAGCGCCAGCGGCCUCCGCCUCCCCGCGCUGUGUGUCCAGGUGCCGCUGCUGGCGGUGCUAGCAGAUGGCAGGGGCCCCGCUUCCGGAGCCACAAACCCCGCCAGGAAAACACAGACGGGGAGGCCAGACCAGCAAAGGAGCCUCUUACGGAAAACGAACCGAGACUUGGACCCCAGCGCAGAGCGCAAACGAGGGGAGCCAAGCUGGAGAGGCCGCUCUGCCUUCAGCCGGGGCCCAGAGCCGGAUAAGCCAGCGGGUCCUCUGCCGUCUGUGAAGGCUGACACCCAGCCCUCGGCGUCUUACCCACCCCCACCCCCCCCAUCGUGGGGGAGGCCUGGGCCGAGGACAUCUGAGGUUGAACCAACAUGGAAAACCGUCCCAGGGCAGGGCAGCUCCCAAAGUGCAGCCUCUGGCAACCCCCCCCACCUGUCCCCCUCCCCAGGCUGGCCGGAGUGUUCCGGAGAGACAGGUCCCCCCAGGCAGGCUUACUUAUAAGGCUCCAGCUCCACCUGGAGAAACGGAGCCCCCGAACGUCCUUGGCCCCAUAGCACCCGUCUCAGCUGACCUCGCUGGGAGCAGAGCCAGGGGAGGGGAGAGACCGAGGAGUUUUCACUCCAAACUGCGGUCAUGACUGUUGGGGUUCUUGCCAUAUCGGUUUACCAACUGGGCUAUUAUUUACUUUAUGUUUUCUUCGAAUUGGUUUACUGUUUGCUUAAUAAAUGUAUUGUAGAAGGAAUAUUUCUUGUAUCACCUCUGUAAACGGAAAACCAGCAUCCCUUGCCAUAAAUAGAAGGUCAAAUAAAUACAUUGUAAACAAAGACAGUAAGUUCUGAGUAGACAUUGUUCCCUGCUGGAGGCAGUGACCUUAAGAGCUGAUCUUUCUUUGUUGUUGUUUUUAAAAAAGGAGGGAUGAUGUCAGCAAGUGUUAGGCGGUCCAGCUGCCACGCUGAGGCCCCCUCAGAAGUUCUCAGACAGACGGAUCCUGCACCGGAGGCAGGGACAGCGAGCCUGUGCUACCAGUGCCGGGCAGGGGCCUCGGAGUUCACCCGCACAGGGAACUGCUGCUCCGAGGGCCAGGGGGCUCUGGGCCUGGACCUGCCCUCUCAUCCCUCCGAUGCCAGAAGUGGAAGGAGCAGUAGAGGAAUGAGUAGCCCCUAGGCCAGUGGUUCUCAGCCGUGGCUGCACAUUAGA